AUGGAAUUGAUACAUACUAAAUACCUGCGCACCAUAGACUCCCAGUUGAAUUGGAAGAGGGUGGUGAGGAUAUUUAUCUCAAGUCGCCCCAAUCCAGAUAUCGAAAGUCUGCUCGAACGCCGCGCGGAUAUUAACAUCCAAGCCAACGACAGCCAGGGUGAUCACGAGAAAUUCCUUAAUACUGAAGUCGAUAAAUUUACUAAGACUUCGCCGCUCCUGAAGCGCAUAAAACCAAAAAUCAUUGCCAAAUUAUUGGAGCGUUGUCAGGGAAUGUUUCAGUGGGCUUCGCUGCAAGUCCACCAAAUUUCAAGGUGUAAAUCUCCUGCAGCUAUUGGGGAGCGUCUGGAGAAGCUCCCGAAGACUCUACAGGAUGCAUACGACGAAGACCAAGAACAGUCCGACCGAAUAAUUACAGAGCGUGCUCUCCGAUGGGUGAUGUUUGCAUCUCACCCUUUAGAUAGUGUCGAAAUCCUAGCCGCAAUCCGUAUGGAUUCGAACGCAGAUUUACUCCCCUUGGACUAUACAGUGGAUGAGCAAGGGCUCUUGUCCCUCUGUAACAAUUUCCUUGUUCUAGAUUCUCAGCUGGAGGUAUGGCGGUUCCCGCAUCUUUCAGUCAGAGAAUAUCUGGAAUCCAAGGAAGGAUGGUCCACUCCUCAUGCUUAUCAUUAUGCGGCCAGUGCUUGUCUUUCCUAUUUCGUCAAGAUGUAUGAGCACGACGAUUCGGAGUUUGAUGCCAAGUUGGAAGCCAAGCUGGAUAUUGAGUUGAAGAAAGCAAAACACACAGAUGACACACUUGGACCUAAGAAGCCAUUGCAAUCAGACGAUGGCUUUCAUACAAGUCAUCCAUUUCACAUGUACAUGAGGUUCUGUUGGUCUUACCAUGUCAACGAAUCGAAGGAGAUUGAGAUCACUAAGUUAGGCUCUCUUCUGAAAGCCUUCCUCGGGCCAUCUAGUGCAAGCAGCGCGCAAUACCAGAGAUGGCAUAAAAAACUGAACUCUGAUCACUAUGAAACACCAUCAUCCUGUGUCCCUUAUAUGCCUCAUUAUGUGGGGGGCUACUUCGAAUUGAGCACGCAACAUGGCUAUCUUAAUCUGCCAUUACAAGCCGCGUCAUCACAGGGACAUAAAGAUAUCGUGGAAAUGUUUCUAGAUCGAGGUAUCAGUAUCGAUGCCCAAGGAAGACAAAACGACACUGCACUUGCGCUCGUGUCAUUUAUGGUAUAUGAAAAAAUCGUGAAAAUGCUCCUAGAUCAUGGUGCUGAUACCAGUAUCAAAGGGUGGUGGAUUGGCACCGCGCUCAUUGGUGCAUCGGCAGGAGGCAAUGAAACAACAGUGCAGAUGUUACUAGAACACGGUGCCGACAUCAACGCCCAAGGAGGACGUGGCGGUACUGCACUUAUAGCUGUAUUGAGCAAAUGCAGUGACGGAUUAGUUAAGAUGCUACUUGAUCGAGGUAUUGACCCCAAACUCCAGGGAGGAGUAUGGGGCACUUCACUCAAUACCGCAUUGAGCCGGGGCAGUGAAAAAUUAGCGCAGAGGAUGCUAGAUCGAGGAGUGGAUAUUAACUUCCCAGUAGAAUCCUGCACUGCGCUCAUUUUGCGUCUUCCCGGGGCUAUAAAGAGAUGGUGGAGCGACUGCUCGAUCAAGGUGCCCACUAGAGACAAACAGACUGCACUCAAAGCCACUGAAGGCAAAGAAAAGAUAGUCCAGAUGCUCUUGGAUCAUGGUGCUACGGAGAUGGGCAUUGAGGAAGAAUAA